GGGAAACAGCGACACAGAAGUCAGAAACUUGUGAAUGAGCCUACUAUCAUUUGAACCUUGUAACAGGCCUUAUUUACAAGAGAACAGAUUGUCUCUAAAGCUGGACUUUGAACUCAAAUAUCUGCUGGAUUACUUUGAAAAGGCAUUAUGUGAGAGGUUUAGGAGACUGUUACAGCUAUUGAUAUUAGGAGCCAUGACUCUGAUUCAUUUCUGUGGUAUAAUUACAUUCUCUCUAAACCUGAUCCUUUUUGCAUCACAUUGCAAUGGAGGAAACAUACUGGUGUUCCCUGUGGAUGGGAGCCACUGGAUUAAUAUGAAGAUAGUGCUAGAAGAACUUCAUACCAGAGGACACAACAUCACUGUGAUCAGAUCUUCUAACAGUUGGUACAUUCCUGAAAAAUCCCCCAUAUACACAUCCAUCACACUUGAAAUGGACCAAGGUUUAGAGAACUUUUUUGACAUUUAUCUUCAGGAACACAUGAGGGCACAGCGAGAAGGAGCUUCAUUGAUGACAUUCUUGAAGCUCACCAAGGAUUUUCUCUCUAUGAUUACCAAAGCCAAUUUACUGUGGUGUGAUGCAACAACUCAAAUUUUUCAAAAUCAGACUUUGGUUAAAAAGUUAAAAGAUUCCCAAUAUGAUUUGGUUCUUGCUGAUCCAGCCAUGGGUCCAGGGGCUUUGAUAGCCAAACAUCUUAAACUACCUCUGGUCCUUAAUGUCCGCUGGAUAACUAGUGGAGAGGGUCACUUUGUGCUGGCACCUUCACCGCUCUCUUACAUCCCAGUGCCUGGAUCUGGCUUAACAGACAAAAUGGAUUUCAUCCAGAGGGUGAAAAACAUGUUUUUCUACAGCAUUGUAUUUUUCCAGGAGAAAUUCCUUAUAGGACCUAUAUAUGCUGAUCUGUGCAAUAGACAUAUCGAGGGAGGAUGUGACAUUGUGUCUUUGCUUCAAGAUGCUGACAUUUGGCUAUUCAGGUCUGAUUUUGUGUUUGAAUUCCCCCGGCCAACAAUGCCAAAUGUUGUCUACAUUGGUGGGUUCCAGUGUAAGCCUGCUAAGCCGCUUCCAGCGGACCUGGAAGAGUUUGUUCAAAGCGCUGGAGAGCAUGGAUUCAUCAUUAUGACUCUGGGAACUUUGGUCAAUGCUUUACCCAAAGAGGUUACAGAUGAAAUUGCCAGUAUUUUUGCCAAGAUGCCCCAAAAGGUGAUUUGGAGACACAAAGGGACACGUCCCUCUACUCUAGGCAAUAAUACCCUGAUCGUAGACUGGAUGCCACAAAAGGAUCUCCUUGGCCACCCAAACAUCAAGGUCUUCGUAGCGCAUGGAGGAACAAAUGGAGUCCAGGAAGCCAUUUAUUACGGAGUUCCAGUACUUGGCAUUCCCUUGUUCUUUGACCAGUAUGAUAACCUUCUACGUUUGCAGAAAAGAGAAGCAGCAAAGGUUAUUCUACUAGAUAAUGUUAAUGGUCCUAAUUUUGAAAAAGCAAUCAAAGAACUGCUCUACAAUGACAGCUACAGGCAGAAUAUGCAAAGACUGUCAAGUUUACACAGAGAUCAGCCAAUGCCUCCCAUGGAUCAAGCUACUUUCUGGAUAGAGUAUGUGAUACGCCACAAAGGGGCCACUCACCUGCGUACACAGGCUUACAAGCUACCCUGGUACUCAUAUCAUUGUUUGGAUGUACUGGUCGUUUUGAUUGCUGUUAUAAUGGGGCUUCUAUUCCUUGUUUUUGCUGUUUUUAGAUUUUUGUUCUGUAGAGGAGGGAGAAACAGAAAACUGAAGCAAUAUUGACAGAAUGAUAGCUUAAUUGGAUUAAUGUCGUAUUAGGAAUUGCUUUCAACUUCAGGUACCUUCUACAGUCCCCACUGGAAGAAAGCAUUCACCCUUGAAGCUUUUCAAAUUUUUACACACCAAUUUAAACAGGAGAGCAAACUUGCAAAAAUUUGCAUUUCAUUCCUGCAGAUCAAUUAUAGGUUUAAGUGCUUUGCAGGAUGUAAAUGCUCUUAAGUAUUAUGGUACUUAUAGUAUUGUUUGGAUGCACUUAUCUUAUUUGUGACAGCAGUAAGUCUCAGUUGCUGUACUACUUUUGUCUUUACAAAUUUAUCCUACACAAGAGAAAGUAAAAAAAAAUAACAAAGCAACAGAGCUAGUUUUAGUUAAUGUUGUUAAGAAAUAUAGUAAGUUUUUAAAAUUAAUUUAGUAAAAGCAAAACAAACAUUUUUUCACCAUAUUCCUUUUUGGGAGAAAACAUGAAGAAUGUUUUCAAAUUCAUAAUUUUGCAAAUCCUUUUCACUGCUUUUCCUGUCCAGUGCUAUGGUCAAAGGUUCAAGUGAAGUCUUAAGGUACAUUCAAACUCAACACGAUUCCAGCGACAAAGUCGGCACAUUCAGGUGCCUGUCGCUCGCCUAACAUAUUGCCAUCAAUCCACAUGAAGGGUUACAGCUAUAGGUGUGUCUCCACUCCUGUCAUUUUACCACGUUAUCAAUAAGAAGUUGUAAAACUAAUUAUUCAUUUUUAAAUAGAUAAAUAAUACAUUUAAUCAUUUGAUUGUACAUCAAAUGAUACAUUUACUGAUAUCAUUUUACAUAAAUUUUUUUCAUUGUACAUUUUUUUAUAUCAUAAUUUCCAUACAUUUAUUUGAUGACAUCUUUAUUAUUUUGUUUUGUUCCCUUUAACCCUCCAUACAGGAAUAACCUGUUUACAUAUAGUAUCUAAUUUGAGCGUGGUAAGAGGAAGCUCACAAACCUUAUCAGGUUUUGUCUUAAUCUCACUCAGUCUGUUCUCUGCUUUGGCUCUGUUCCUGUCCCUGUCUUGCCUCAGAUUGCUUUUUUUUUUAUCCUUCCUGUCAUUGUUGUCUAAUGAAAUCACAUUACUGUGUGGAAAAAAUAACACUUGAGGGGCUUAAAACAAGCAAGCAAGCAACUGCCUUCAAAGACGAUAUCCAACAACUACUGUGCAAAUGAUAAGGGGAAAUGAUUUAAUGGGGGAUUGAUUUAAAAGCUGUAGAAAUGUAAAAUAUCACAUAAGUGAUGUUAAAACUGUAAAAAGUGGAAAUGAUCAUCAAACAACAAG